GUUUACUCUAGAUUAUCCACGAUUUUUUUUUACUAUUUGGUUUACGAUGGAGGAAAAUGAAGAAACAGAUGUCGUUGAACAAAGCGACAAUACCAAUAAAUUUAAACGUUUUGAAUUAAAACGCUGGGAUGCAGUAGCUUUAUGGUCGUGGAAGAUUCCGGUGGAUACAUGUGCGAUUUGUCGAAAUCAUAUCAUGGAACUUUGUAUCGAAUGUCAGUCCAAGCAAUCUCCACAGGAUAAGUGCACAGUAGCAUGGGGAGCAUGCAAUCAUGCCUUUCAUACACAUUGCAUCUCGCGCUGGUUGAAGACGCGAAAUGUAUGUCCUUUAGAUAAUAAAGAGUGGGUUUAUCAGAAAUAUGGUGCCUGAAAUGUUGCUAGAGGUGCAGUUCAGUAGAAAAGAACUGAUGAAA